AUGGCAUUCCUGGCCAAUCAGCAACAACAACAACAGAGCAGCAACUCGAACACCCCCGAAUUGACGCGGAGCAGUUCGAGCAAUGAGGUAAGGGAGAAAACUUGACCGUUUUGUUUUACUCUGCUGCAGCAGUUAUACCAGCAUGCUGGUAUAAUUUUUGAUCAUUCGAACUGCUAUUCAUUGGUUGACCUUAUCGACGCUUGCAGCCGAAAAAAUAUCAAAAUAACCCGAAUUUGGUAUCAGAAAGUAUCGCAGAGAUAUAAAAAGACUGUUAUCUUUGACCAGGGUUUCUGGGAUACCUGCUGAGUCCUUUCGCGGCCCCCAAAAAGUAUCCCAGAAACCUCCAUUUUCCAAACUAAAAUUUUUACUGUCUAUGUAAUACCAAUGUCCUAAAUUCAGCCCCAAUUUUAACUUUUUUCAUUUCUAAUCUCAUUGUCAUGUCCCGCUUCUUUCCAAAUCCUCUGAAACUUUCAUUCAUCCCUCAUUACAAAUUUUCCACAGUUGGUGGCACGCCAUCUCUAUCAUAGACACUUAUGUGUAAGAUUUACUCCGCUGUAACUGUCACUUUUAAUCACGAGUCCUAUGACAUAAUCAGGGCCAAUUCCCUCGGAUUAUCGGGGGGACACCGAUUUACAGCCAUCGGAUUAGGGAAGCCCUCAGGGCCGGAUAAGAGUACAGCCUCAUGGGCAUGGCGUGUAGUCGCGUGAAGACCACAAUCAAGCUUUCUUGGGGUUUCUGGGAAUCUCGUUUUCGAUGAUCUUUGUCAAAUUGGAAGCUUUUUGUUAUAAGUACUCGCGAAAGUCCGCAAAAAGUUGGGCUUCCCAUAAAUUUUCAGACAAAUUUUGCUGGAUUUACAAUUUCAUGGCUUCUGGGAUUGAAUCGAAGGUUUUUGAGGCUUUGAUUUUGUGUUUCAACCCCCUCGCCAAAAUUUUUUUACCAUUCUUUGAUCUACCUAUAACUCAAAAAAUAAAAACACUAUACAAUCACAAUUUUUAAGCUCGUAUUUUACAAUUUGAAAAGUUCUAGUUUGUAGUUUGACCCGAUUUCUUCAGAUUUUACAACAAAAAUCCCAUUUCCCAGUAAAAUGGAAUGCCAAAAUAACAAAAAAAUUAUAUUUUUGUCUACAUUGCAUGCUCCACCCUCUAUUAGUUACUGCUUGCACGCUAACAAUCUUCGAAUUGUUUACUAGGACAUUUUCUUUUUCGAACUUCCGACCCGGGCGUCCCAAAAAAUUUUGUUUUUUAUAAAUCGCGGUGUUCGGACGUGCCCUUCUGACGAAACCAACUGUUUCUUGAAGGCCCCGAGGGCACACACGACCCGUUUCAAAUUGAGAUUAGCUCGCGUGCAAAUUAAAUUCUCGGAAAACGGGUUAACCGGGAAUAGUAACUUACUAUUCGGCUUUUUUUCCACACGUGCCCGUAUUUUUCGUUUGUUUUUUUGAGGGUGUCAAAUUUGAAUUUGGGAGCUUGAGAUAAUAGAGCCUCAUGUAACAACCGUCUUAUGCACGCGUUGACGUUUAUGUUUUGAGUGAAAGGCCUCAAUGAUCCCCCGACAAAAACAAAGCCACGGAAAUUUUCAAAACACCACUGCUCAAAGGGCAAGCGGUAGAUUUCCCUCAAACUUUUGAAGGGGUCCCUAUACGUGCCACAUAUCAAGUCCUAAAAAUCCUAGCCCAUUCGUUGCAGGCGCAGCCAAAAUUUUCAACGAUUUGCGACGAGAGACUAUGGAAAAUUAGGAGAGACGGUCAGAGAAAAAAGAUUUCUCGCUUGUGCCCUUUUGCUGUUGAUGUAUGAAACUUUAUUUUGCAUCACGCCUCUAAUAUUUUAUAGAGCUUUCUGAAUAAAUUCUUUCCUGUUUACCCUCAUGACGUCAUUUUCUCAUUUUGUUUUAUGAUCCAUAUUCCGUUGUUUUUCCCACGGAACCCGUCUGUCGUCUCUAUUUUUAAAGCACUCUCUUGUUGAGAAAAAGUUUUGCAGUAGGGCUGUUAAUAGGGGAAAGACGUCACUUCUUGCAGACACAUGGUUUUAUGGGUUUUCGAGGGGUAAGAUGCCAUUUUUAGGAUAUAAAAUAUUACUUCUUACAGCAAAUUAAAUUUAGCAACAGUUUCUUGUGCCGCUAAUUUGUCAACGACGUAUUUUACAUUCCAAAUCAAACGCAUUCUAACGUUACAUUUUCGAUUUUUCAGCUACUCGGGCUGCAUCAACAGCUUUUGGCCUCAAUGCAACAUAAUGGCUUGAAUGGUCCAGGAAGUCCGUUGCAAGUGUCCGCCGGGAAUUCCAACACCACGCAACAACUCUAUCAGCUGUUACUGUCGCAGAAGCUCCAGCAAAGUCAAGCGCUCCACAUAUCACCAGUCUCGGAGCCGGCGUCGUCGCAGCCUUCUCCCAAUGACCUGGUCCAACAGUUGGCGCAGACUUUGCUUGUGGUAAGUUUGGUAGGGUAAGGGAUGAUUUAAAGGGGAAAUCUCAUAGAAAAUUAUUUACAAAUAUUAAAAAUGUUAUUGUAGAACCCCACAAUGAACAGCGUCACCCCUCAGAACAGCAUGGUCUGCUCGCCCACUCAGCAGUCAGUGCUUGGCCAGGAUCUGGCCUUCCAAGGCCUACUUACCACUCAGCCUAGUCUUCUUGCCUCCGUCUUAAACGCUCAAACCCAAGCCCGUCAGAGUCUCCAGCCCAAUUUGGUGGCGCUCUUGCAGCAACAACAAGCGCAACGGGCGGCCCAAACAGCUCAGCCUAAUCAUGCUGCGAUCCUGCAGCUAAUGCAGACCAAUCCGUUGUUGGCGUCGCAGAUUUUGGCGCAACAACAGAGCUGUGAGCCGAACCAGACGCUGAGUUUGCUGACUCAGCUGGCUCAGCAGCAACAGGAACAGGCCAGUCCGCCCGCCAUGGAGUGUAAGUUAACUUACUUAAAAUUCGUUAAUUCGGAUGACAAUAUACUGAAAAUUUGGGGAAAUAAUUGAGUAUUUGCAGCCCUCAGCAAGUCCCAAACCACCUACGACGAGAUCCUCAAGCGUCAACAAGAGUCGCAACAAAACAUUGCCGCCGCCAUAGCCGCAGUGCAGCAGAAGCAGCCCCGUCUAACUAGCCAAUCCUCCAGCUCGUCCCUCUUUUCCAAUCCCUGCACUGACGGCCCCAACACCUCCACUCCCACCUCCUCCACGCCCAUCGACAUAUCCACUCCGAAGCCGCCUCAUCCGUCGACGGUGCGCCAAGCCUCGUCCGAAAGACUGCUGAGUGGCGCGGAGUCGGUUCAGGAUCAUAUCAGCCGGCUGAUCAGCGAGAAUGAGGCCAUUGUGGAGCCGAAUCCGGUGCUGCUGAAACGCCGACCAUAUCACCGACAGAGCACUUCGAAUUCGAUUACUUCCCAGACAAGUGAGGCGGUUGGGCGUAAGUUUUUGGAUUGAAAAUUCACUUUUUAUUGCCGUUUUAUCUCUAUCUCUCUAUAAUCCACUUUCUUUCAGCUCCAUCACAACGAGAAUCGCCCGGUCUUUUCCACAAUGUCCCUAAUCAUCGUUUACCGACUACGAGAAGUCAAUCGAUGCAUGAAAGUCAGAUGCUUCAGCAUGUCCAUCGAAUGAACAAUGGCUCAUUGACCAGUGGCCAGCCCCGCUCUACGCAACAACCCGCAACAGCAACCACAACAACCUCGAGUUGCAACUUUUGUAAUCUCAAGUUCCCGAAUGAAGCCGGUUUGAAAGCCCACGAAUUCCGUUGCAGUAAAAAGGAGCAACUCCAAAAACGACUGCUCCUUCAGAAGCAAAAAUCGCAGCCGCAACUUCAGCAGUGGCACAGUACAGCGUUGCUAAACGCCCAGCAACAACAACUACUGUUGUUGCAUCAACAACAAAUCCAGCAGCAACAAAAGUUGCUGGCUCAGCAACAGCAUCAAUCGACAAUAGCGGCAUUGGUCGGGGGUGGAGCGGGGGUUGCUCCCGAAUUAUUCGCAAACAACAUCUUUGGCGGUCGCAAUUCGGUUCCCAUAAGUUCUAGCCCGGGUCCUAGCCGAGUGCAGAACGUCGCAACGUCCAGUACUGCCGCUCCUUCACCUCCGCUUGGGAGUAAGAAUGGGACAAGCUCGCCGUCAACCUCUUCCACUUGCUCCGAGAAUCGGCAUCCGUUGAAAAAGCGGCUUCUGGAGUCGGUAGCGCGCCAUAGCAGCGAUAUGGAUCUGAACCAUCGUUCGCCGGGCACCCCCACGUCUGCGUGCAGCUCCAUGGACACGUCGGAAGCGCAACAAUCGCCGGCCAAGAUGGCCAAAAUGGUAAGUUCGGAAUCGGUGCGAAUAUCGUCGAGUGUUUGUGGACUGAGUUCCUAAUCCAUUUGUGUUCGUUCAUCGUCAUUCCUGAUUUUUUUGUGAAUCGGUCCUCUUUGAUUUUAUUUCAAUUUCUUUCUCUUUCAAACUCGUUGGAAGGAAGCGUUAAUUGUGGAAUUCUUUCCGAAACUUUUCGACGUAUUUUCGCGUUCUCCCGUGCAUUUAUCGUAGAUGCGUUGUGGUUGUUGCCGUUGUGCAUGGUUGUGGUUGUGAUGUAAUAGAAAAAAAACUUUCAGGCAAAAAAGUCACUCUUUAAGGCUAAAAACCCCUAACCAGAGUAACCUUCACUGUUGUGGCACCUUGGUUUCGUUUAGUGUCGAUGUUAACCGGUUAUUAUUGAUGACAUAAAACUUUCGGCUUCAAUUUCUAGGUACCUGACACCGUUAAAUUUGCCUACGAUAUUUGUUUGUUCUAAAACACGGAGAGAAGGCGAGAAUCUAUGUGUAAAAACGCAACGAAGCCCUAAUUAACUCAUUAUUCUCUCGUUAUGCUUUUCUAUUAUUGUUACUCCCCUACCAUGCAUUCAUCAUCACAAACACAAUACACAUCUACCACAUCUCUAAUAUACUCCCAAUUGCUCUCAUUCUUCUACAAUUCCGUUCGUUUCUGCUCGGGACGGGACGUCAUUGCGGGUCGGCCGACUCUUUUUUCGCGAGGUUGGUGGGGACGGCCUGGACUUGCCUCGGGGCUUGCAGCUUGCCUAGGGGAUGGAGGACGGGCAAUCGCUUUUCUGACAUCAACUAUAUUACACGAGGCACGUCAAACUGAGAUAGGCUUAAACGGUCCGGUGAGUACGUUGGCAGUCCGCCAAAAAAACCCCGAAAAAACUUUUAGUCGGGGAAGAAAUGGGGAUUUUUUUUGGUGGAGAGAGUACGUUUUUGCGCGCCUUUUUCUCUGACUUCUCUGUGAAAUCAAGACGAAAUGUCAAAAACCGACAGCGAAGAGUCUAUUCCGGUCAGCGGACUCCUCCAGUUUGACGUGCGAGGUCCAAAUCAAAAAACUGAAUAAGAAUCAAACUGUUUUUCGAAAAUCCCUCAGGUUAGGUCCUCCAUUCCCAAAAAAAAGCCACUUGAAAGCCCUAUUCCGUCCAGCAACAUACGAUCACUAGCGUCCUUUCUUUUCUAGGACACCACUUUACUCGAGCUUCUUCAAUUAAAUGCCGACAGACCAGUCGAUGAAGUCAUCAACGAGCUCCUCAAUUCUACCAAAAAGACCCCUCAAAUCAUGCCGGACGGGAUUUUAUAUGCCAACUCGUAUAUCGAGGCCAGGAUCUCACUCAAAAUGCCAUAUUCCGUUACUUUGGAUCCGAAUACCAUCCAUUUCGACAAGGACGAGGACAAUCCCUGGCUAUUGCUGCGGAAGGCGAGGAAUGUCACAUACGACAGGAAUGCAAUCGAGACGACCGUUUUUUCGCACGAGGAGAUGACGGCCGGAGCUUCCAACUACGCGUUGAUCGGGAUUCAGGUACGAAUGCUGCACCGUGCACACCAAAAGAUGUGUCAAGGAGAACCUGGCACAGCUAGUGAUUUUUUUUCGUCUCUUAUAGGCCUUGGCCGACCCAUUGACACAUCUUCAGGUGUUCUCUUGUCUUCGUCUUUUUGCCACUUUUUUAACCACGCCGCUUUCUAACCAUAUGUGUGAAUGUUCGAAACGAUUUGUGCUAAACUACAGUAUUUACAGCCUAUUAUUAGCGCCGACGAGGAAAAACAUUUGUUGCAAGUGUUGAGACAUAGUCCGAAUGAGCCGAAGCUGCUGCAUUACAGUCAAUCUCAGGCCGUUACUUAUCGAACCACACAUUCUAGUUAUUGGAAAGCCUUUGAAGGAAAGGCGGUGACAAAUACGGUAAGUUCAAGAAAUGGUCAUCAAAAUACGACGAUUUCAGACCAAUGCUUUACCAACUCCAAUCAGCGUCGCCGUUGAGGAGGUUCGGAAGUCGCCAAGUCCAAUGUUGAGUCCCAAAUCUCCGUUAGAAUCUCCCAAAGAGCCGAUUACUCAGCUGGAUCUCAAAAUCGAUGGAUGCGAAUCACCCUUGAAGACAUUGGAGAAGAUCGAGAAACUCGACUUGAAACCUAUCGGAAAACUGCGCCCGGAGGAAGUGGAAGUCUAUGUAAGGGGUCGCGGAAGAGGAAGAUAUGUCUGCGAACGAUGCGGCAUCAGAUGCAAGAAGCCUUCAAUGUUGAAGAAACAUUUGAAGUCGCAUACAAACAUUCGACCGUUCUCUUGCAUCACUUGCAAUUUCGCUUUCAAAACGAAGGGAAACUUGACCAAACAUCUCUUCAGCAAGACGCAUCGAGUAAAAGUGGCAAAGUAAGUGUCUUCAAGAGUUUAAAAAUCAAAAAGGCAUAGCAUCUCCGAAAAGGCUGGAUUUUCUGACAAAGCUGAUUGAAAACACGAUGUUUUUGGAGGAAAAAACGUUUUUCCCAUGCCUUCUACGCCCGAAAACCCUGGGAAAACCAAAAAAUACUCCUCCUUUCUACCCCUCAAAUGUCCUAGUUUUGACCUGAAAAUAACUUCACUCUUUGCCUUUCGUUUUCCUUACUAAACACUUCAAUUUUAGUACUCGCGGAGAAGCCCAGAUCAUUGAUGGAGAAGAAAACACCUACAGGAACUACAACCCCGAGUCCGAGUUCGAUUCCAACGCUAUGAAAUUAAGCAUGCUGGAAAGCCGUUUCGUCAACGACGAAUUCGACAACAAGAACGAUGACAAUGACAGUGAAAACGAGGACGAAAUCGACUUCUCCGCGCCCCUUCCCCCCUGUUCGGCCGCUAUUCCGUAUCGGCGUUUCGGACAAGAAAACAUUCUGUUCGAGCGUACGGCGCACACCCCUCCAACCUUGUGGACGCUAUAUCCGAGCGAUGUCAGUACACAAUGGCCAAAGCCGGAUGAUCCUGAGAGAUCCUGCCAUUCCGCCCCUCCGGCCUGCUCUUCAACGCCGCCUAAACGAAGCGAGAAGAAGGCUAUUGAGGUCAAAGAGGUCGAACCCGCUCCGGCAACGGCCGAGUUCAACUUCACUCCGAUUUUGAACAAUUUCCAAUUGAAUCGACCCAUCGAAAUGGAGGAUGCAGAAAGAGUGUUGGCUUUGAAGAACCUCCCGAUUUCCUCGGCCGCCGCCAUCUCUAAGAUCUUAAACUUGGCCGAACUGAAUCGUCAGAACGUUUUGUACCCCUUGGACAACCUCAAACAAAUCAGCAACACCAGUGUUGGCGAGUUCUUGGCAACGGAAUGCCGUUCGUUUUACUGUGAGAUGUGCGAUCGGAAAUUCCGCAAAGAAUCCGAGCUCAACCUGCAUAAACAAACGCAUUUAAUUGAGCAGCAAAAUGCGAGAACCCGAGCCUAUCAAUGCUUGGAAUGCCGGACGGUCCAUCGAAGCAAGGCGUUGCUGGUAAAGCACAUGGAAUUGGCGCAUAACAAGACAAUAGAUCAAGGAGAAGAUCGGGUGGAAGAGGUUUCAACGGACGUCGCGGAAACUAGCACGACCGGCAACAACCUUCGCCGCUAUUGGUGUAGCGACUGUGAUGUGGGCUUUCGAACGCACGGAGUUUUGAUCAAACAUUUGCGGUCCAAGAACCACGUCAAAACGUUGGCCAGUCAAGGGAAAAUUCCGGAAGACGCGUUGAGUCUGAUUAAAGACCACAGCAGUCAGCUGGCCCAGAUUGACGCCACGGACUGCGUGCAAGCGAAAAGGACGAUCCUACGUAAGUUGUUAUUAUUAGAAGGCAAAGUCGUAAAUCGGCGGGCUAAAUUGGGGGACAAUUUAUCACUUGGUUAAGUACAACUCUAGAAUUAGAAAGCAACUAAAAAAAACCAGGGAGUAUCGGACGAAAAAACAAGCCUCCUUAGAAUAACCUACAGUGGUGAACCUGGUCCACUUUUUUGUGAGGGAAAGGGCGCGCCCUUCAAAACUAAGUUUUUUCACUUGGAGAGGGAAGCAUUUUGCCACAUUUUUUGAUACUUCCCGGAUUCAAAAUGGUACGUUUUUUCCACUGGAUCAGGUCCCCCUCUCUACAACGAACUAAAGUCAUAUCCGACAGAAAAAUUUCAAAUCUAAUUCACCCCUUUUCAGAGCUCCUGGAAGAACUUCGAGCCGAGACAAAAACCGCCACACCCGAAACAUCGAUUGGAAUCAGCGAGCAGAGCCUUACUCUAGUCCAGGAAGCCGUUCGAAAACGUUCCGAAGUCUCCGAAUCCCAGGAUGUCAAGCCCACCGUUUCUCUAUUAAAGAAACCCGAUGCCAAACUCUCGGAGCUCCCCUUAUUUUCCUUCAAUGUCGGCAAACCCGCCCUGCAGAAUGGCUCGACGAUCGUCAACAAUGUCUGGCUUCCACCGAAAGCCGAUCAAGUCAAGGAGAACCCCCCGACCAAAACUGUUGAGCAUCACGAACCCGCCAGUGUGAGAUCGAAUGAGGAGAGCGAAUCGACCAGUCGGAGUGCGUCAUCAACUCCAGUUCAACGACAAACCAACAUCAGUGUUAAUUGCACCCCAUUAAGCCCCAAUUCGGCGUCGAACACUCGAUGCAACAUUUGUGAGGUUAAUUUUGACAGCGGAGUCUAUCUUCAAGUCCAUUAUCUGGCCGAUCAUUGUGCAAGAAGAGAUGGAAAGGACUAUAGAUGUCUUCAGAAGAACUGCGAAAAGGUUUUCAACAGCAAACACACGCUGAAGAAUCAUGUUUUCACGCAUUUUAGUACCGCAACUCCUCCUAAUCAAGGUGAGCAUUCAGUAAUUCCUCGAUGACGACUAAACCGAUGAUUACAAAAUCGAAGUUUCAAACGAAAUCCAGUAUAAAAAUAGUAAAAAAUCAAAUUUCAGUCCAAGAGAAGACCCCUGAACGUCCUCACAAGCGCUCGGUAAACGGCACACCAGAAUCUUUGAUUGGAAUCGCAGAUUGGCGGCAAAGCAAGAAGAUCAAGACCGAAGAGACUUCGAAAACUACUCCGGUAAGAAAGCCAGUCUGAUUACAAUGGCUAACACUCUCAAUUCUGGGUCCUACAAGACCUACAGUGAGGGAGGGACCUGAUCCAGUGGCAAAAAACGUACCAUUUUGCAUCCGGGAAGCAUCAAAAAUGUGGCAAAAUGCUUCCCUGUCCAAGUGAAAAAACUUCGAUUUCAAAAGCGCGCCCUUCAAAACGAACUUUUUUCGCUUGGAGAGGGAGGCAUUUUGCCACAUUUUUGAUAUUUCCCGGAUGCAAAAUGGCACGUUUUUUGCCACUGGACCCCCACUGUACAACCAUACCUCAUAACGAGUAAAAAAAUCCUAGCCCUAAUCUCCCGCAUUUUCAGACCGAAGUCACCAUUCCCUGCCACAUGUGUGGGCAGACCUUCAAGGACACGCUGGUCCUCCAAAAGCAUUGGGUUGAGAAUCACCUGGCCCAGCUCGACUCCCGUCCCCAUGUUUGUCAGCGUUGCGACGCCGGCUUCACCACCAUCGAUGCGUUGCGGCUGCACGCCGCGUCGCACACUUGA